AUGUCGACGAAAGUCGAGCUGAACAAGAAUGGGCGCCCAGUGAACUGGCACGGUCAGUGCUGGGCGUACUACAAGAGUAUGAUGAUGAUCGCGCUCGAGGACAAGGGAGUCAUGGAUUACGCGACCGGCAAGAAGACGCUGGCGACGGCCGCGAGCGACGACGAGAAGAACACGUUCGGCGAGUCCCAGGUCAAGGUCAAGCAGAUCAUCAUGUCGUCCCUCUCGAUGGAGUUGGGGCAACAGGUGAUGACCAAGCCGACCGGAAAGGAUAUGUGGAAGUACCUGGAGGAAAUUUACGAGGGCAAGACCAACGCUGCAACGCGCACGAACCAAGAGAUCAUCUUGUUCAACAAGUUGCAGACGACCAGGUGCAAACCCAACUGGGAUGUGCGCCAACACAUCAACAACAUAGACCCUAUAUUCAUCGACAUGUUGAUGAGAUCACUACCUACCAACUCGCGUUUUGAUCGGCUGCGAGGAAUGUUUGAGACCGGCGCGAGUGAAGUUGACACGCCGGACAAGUUGAAAGAUCAAAUUCUGCGGAUGGACAGCUACAAUCGCUGUGAUGGCGAACUGGGUGUAGGCGGUCCAGCCGCAGCUCAGAACCAGACCCCACAUCAGGCUCCGAAGCAGAAGCCGCAGCAGCUGCCGCAUUAG